GAAGAAGUGACCACCAGAAGAUUUGUAUCCUUAAAAAUAUCCGUCGAUUCAGAACCCUAAGCGGUGGAUCCACACAACAACAACUAUGGCUGAACCCCAACAGCAGCAAGUCUCCGAUUCUCCUCAGCUGCAGUUACCUUCUUUCGUCGUUAACUUGUUCCCCUUUCUCAAACCUAAGUCUCCUCCUAAUGGCGCCGAUGGUGGUCCUAAACCCACGGGAGGAGAUAAGGAAACUCAGAACUCGAAAGUCUCUUUCCCUUACAAUCCUCCAAAGAACGCAGAGCCGCUCAAGUGUGAAGCCGAGCCUAGCUCUGGAAGCACUUCCAACUCUCUCGUCAUUUGGCAGGUGUAUGCACUUGGAGGAUUUCUUGUCCUGAAGUGGGCCUGGGCGAGAUGGAAUGAGAGGAACGACAAAAAGAAGACUACGGAUGGUAAUGAUGAUGCUGAAGAUGAUGAUCAAGCUCCUCAUCGGGAAGAUGAUUAAUCUUCAUCAUGAAGGCUAGUCAUAUUGCACGGAAACAAUGAUUGUGUUUGCCCCAUUUUGGUUCUGUAUAGCAAAAAAAAAAUCAUUUCAGAUUUUCUUAUAUCUCAUUGUAUCUACUCAGGAUACUCUUGAGUUUCUUCUACUUCUGUAAUGACUACAAUUCUCCUCUCUUAAUGCAGUUUUUUUCUUUCUUUU